GAUAUUAUCAACCUCUACCGUCUUCCUACUGCCAUCAUGGCCUUCUCUGACUGCCGGAAGAAGGUAAAACUGGAAUAUCCUGACGUGGAUGUGACGAAGAUUACCUUCGGAGAGCAGGAAGGGGAGGUGGAGGAAAAUGGAGAGAGCAGUACUGCUGACUUCCGCUCGGAGGUAACACUGAAGUGGGAGAAGGACAGUAGGGGUCAAACCAUUUUGCCUCCCAAGUUCAGUUUUGAAUUUGUGGUGGUGGGUGAGGAAGACGAAGGCGACGAGGUCACUGAAGGUGCUGAAAGGCCAGCUGAAGGUGCUGACCAGCCAAGUCAGCCUGCCGAUAACCCUGAGCAGCCUGCGGCCAGCCCGAGCCAAACCAUUGACUAGAUUUGGCCUCGAUUUUUUUUUUUUUUUGAGAGAUAUUCUUUGUAAUCGAUUGGAAAUUAAUGGAAUGAAUUUGAUUCUUUUUU